AUGUCUGUUACAAUGGUGGACGAAUACUUAAAAACAUUAGACAUAUUAAAAGUUGGUUUACGUUUUUUCUUUUUGGAAACUUCUUUCGUUACAAUGCAUGCUAACACAUUAAAUUUGGUUACGAUGUUAAUAUCAAUGAAACUUACAAAUGAAGGAACAGUAUGUUUAGUGGUAGCAGCAAUGAUAUUGCACAUGAUGAGAUCAAAUGAUGCGAAAGAGUUAGGAUGA